CGGGGCUUGAGCCCAGGUUUGCUGAGACAAGUCAGAAGUCACAGCAAGGUUAUGCCCCGCUGGGCAAAUACAGACCUGAGCAACUGUCGUUGUGACCCAAGAACAUACUUGGACCCAAACCAACCUAGGAAAGUCAAAAUCGGGAUUCAUUACUGAGAAAGAUGUAUAAGGUAGACCUUUCAGUGGAUCCCAAGGAGGUGGCAGCUAUCGUCGCUCGAAGAAAUCGAGAAAGAGAGAGGCAAAGCCGAAUUUUCAAUGUGCGGAACCGAACUAUAGGGGUGGAUGUUGCAGCUUUAAACCAACAGGUGGAGGAACGAAGACUCCGGGAAGCAAGAGAACAAAGCAAGGAGGUUGCUUAUGAUAUGCUCAGCGACCAGCUUCGUCUGGCCAUGGACAAGCAGGCUGCUCAUAUGGCCAAACUGGAGGAGUCCUAUCGUGUGGCCCUUAUGACUGCCACAGCUAAUGCCAACAAAGCCCAGGCAACUAAGAUAGCAGAUCGGCAGCACCGUGAGCAAUGGUACCAACAGGAAACCAACCGAAUGGAGAUCCAGAAUCAAGUCACCAGUGAUAUGCUGACUGAGAACCCUCAGGUGGCUCAACAUCCUACGAAUCCCAACCGGGUCCUGCCCUAUUGCUGGAAAGGUAUGACUCCAGAGCAGCGAGCUGCUAUCAGGAAAACACAAAGGAUUCAAUCCUAUGAGAAGGAGGUGCAGCGUGAGGCUGAAAAACAACUGACUAAUGAAUGGGACAACCAAAGAAUACAUUUGGCACAGGCAGCACAGGAGCUCGAAGAGCAGGAGAGGGAAUUAUGUGCCGAAUUUCGACGAGGACUAGGUUCCUUUAAUCAGCAGCUGGCCAGCGAGCAAAGUACUCACCAAAAUCAUUUGAAUUCAAUGAUAUAUGCCAGUCAACCAACAGCCCAAUAUUACAUGCAGUUCAACAGCAGCAGCCGCUGAGCUCAAGAUGGUCCUCUCUCCCUUUUU